UCUCUGAACACCGAGCGCGUUCACACAAUUUGCUGAUACGAGUGUCGAAAGGCUUUCUGACAACGCUGAAAGAAAGACGGGUGGAAGUCCUGACGGUGUGAUUCACACAGUUGGAGCGUGUUCUGAGUGCCCCGCCCUUGAAAGAUUUUUUUUUCCUCACUGACGCCUUUCAGAGGACACACAGCUCCCUACAGAUUUUUAUCUUACUAUAAAGUCUCGGUGAAUUUUCAAGAAUAUCUCGGAGGAUAUUUUAUUAUUGCGCUGUUUUUUUCAAGACCCACCUGAAAAAAAAAUUGCCGUCUGUUGUGUGAAAAGAGGAAAAAAAAGGAGUAGAAUCAGUGAAAGAUAGGAUUCAAUUUUUGAGACGUACAAUUUUAUAAGAAACGUGAUUUUUAAUACUCUAAGGGAUUUUGACUUGGCAAUAAGAAUCAGAGGAAGAUAUUUGUUGGAAGAAAGAGGAUUUCUCAUAUAUUGGUAGCAUCAUGUUGAUUGGAUUAGUUAGAGAUUCAGUUCUUCAGUGCUUUUGCCACACGUGUCGGGCACCGGUGAUGCCGGCAGUAAAUCGACAUACGACUAUUACCAAGAAGGCGACAAAGGCCCGUACUAAACAACCAAAAUCAUCAAAGAAAGUCAAAUUCAUUACAACUGAAAUUCGAUGCCAAGAAAAGUCCAAGGGUGGUCUAAGUUAUGAGGUAAUUCUGGCCGAGCCAUCGAUAACGUCUUCUGUUCAAAUCACUAAGCGUCCAACAACUCCCGGAAAGAAGGAACUAUCCGCCGAGGAAAUUGAGGAAAAACUCAAAGCUGCCGAAGAGAGAAGACUGUCACUAGAGGCGAAGAAGAUUGCAGAGUGGAAUGCAAAAAUGGCAAAGAUUGAGGAGGCAACGAGGAAGAAGGAUGAGUUAAACAAUGAAUUUAUGGUGCAAGCCAAAGAGGCUCUUGAAGCCAAAAUGGAGCACUAUGAGGAGAAACGUGAAGCAAUUAUCAAUGACAAGAAGGAGAAAUUGAAGGUUCACUCUCAGGAGAUUGAAAAGACCCGAACAUCUCUGGAGAUGCAAAAGUCCGUCGAGUUAAAUGCCAUUGAGGAGAAACUUCGCACAGCAGCCACACUUCGUGAUGAAAAUAUGAAAAAGAUGUUGGAGCGACUUAAGGAGCAUAAUACGACUAAAGUGGCUGAGGUGAAGAAUAAGAUUGAGAAGAGCAACAGUCAGGCUGAAAUUCAAAUCAUCGAAAACAAAUUGUAUGCAGCUGAGAUUAAUCGUGAGAAGGAGAUUCAAAAGAAGCUAGAAAUCAUACGAAAUCAUGAACGUCGUGCUGAAAUAGUGCGUCAGAACAAGGCAGCUCUGUGCAAUCAGAGUGAGAAUAAUGCAGCAUUAUCUGGCUAAAUCACAUGAAAAUUCCACCCAAACUCCCCCAUUUUUCAUUAUCUCUAACCAACUCCCAACUUCAUUUUUUUUUGUAAUGUAUUUCCGUAAAGCAGAAAAUGCAGAGAAAGAGUAUGUAUAUGUAUGGCUAUGAAGGAUGAAAAAUAUGAAUUUUCUGCUGCACAAAAGGAUGAAACAAAAACAUGUAGUAAUUGCCAUUCGUGUUUAACACAUUUCGCUUUUCACUCUGGUUCUACAUAAUCCUUCUGUAUUAUCUAAUCUUUAUGUUUUUUUUUUCGUGUUAAAAUGAGAUAAAAGAAAUAUAAUAAGAACAAGAGUGUUUAACAAAACGAAAGAUAUAUGCGAAAAAAACAAAUAACAUUUUAAUAUCAAUUUUAAUUUUAGUUACUUCCUCAAGCAGAAUUAUUUAAUUGGGUUGAUUCACGAAAUUUUCUGUCUUUUCUUCCUUGUGUUGAGUUAAAUCUUAUGAAAAAAAUCUUCUUAAAAUCCGUUUUUAUUAAUAAAAAAUUGUAAAUGAUCUUUCAAGUGAGAUAAUAAAAGCUACAAAAUAAAUCUCCGAAAGAAUUACAAAGUGUAAAUUGGUGUUGUUAGUGUUUAUACCAGUAAAGAAGAAAAUUAAAAGAAAGAACAAUGGAAAAAGUGGAUUAAAAAAAAAAUUAAUAUAUGUAAGCUGCAAAAAAGAAAGAAAAAUUACUUGUAUUAUUUUCUACAUGAUUUUCCAUAGAAGAAAAGGAAUAAAAGAAAAAAAGAACAAGAAGUAUUAACUAUUGAUGAAAUCAUUCGUAUUUAGAAAUAGAGGAUUGAAGAUGAUGAAAGUUGUAUUACAUUUUCUUAUUAUAAGUAAUUUACUAAUCAUAAAAUAAUGAAAGAAUUGUUGUCGCUCUGCUGCCUUUACACCUAUUUAUAAUUAUGAAAAAAAAAUCUCUUAAACAGACAAAGAAAAAAAUCGGAAGAAAUAUACGUGAGACUAAAAUAACUUUAAAAAAAACUAAAAUGACCACCAUGGUAAUAAUAUUGACUGUUGCAUAUAAAAUUGCAAAAUUUUUCCGCAUAAAACUAUCAAUCAAAGUCACUGCAGUGAAAAACAGGAAUAACUCAAAGUUUCUCUAUGGAAGCAUGAUUAAUGGAUUUUACAAAAGAUUUUCGUCCUUCUCUUCCCGCAAUGGCAAGGAAAUUGACUAGAGUAGAUAAUUGGGUAGUUCUGAUUUUUCUUUGCAAACAUUGCUUGAAAGGAGAGAUAACCUUUUAUUUCGGGAACAAAAGAAGGGAAAAAAGACGUAAAUACUUAAUCUUUAUAGAGAACCACAAGAUAAAAGGAAAAUUUGCUCUAUAGCAAAGGAAUAUUUGCCAGAAAAGACUUUGUAAGAUAUGCAACAGCUAUGAGAAAAGGAUAAUAACCAUAAAAGCAAAAGACCUAUUGAAAAUGAAACAUGCAACCAAUGCUUGAUAGAGAAGUAAUACAGGGUGUGAAAAAUUUCCAGUAAAUUCUUAAAAUCACUAAAUAUUCAUAAUUAUUAUUUCAUAAUUUUAAGUCAAUGCAAAACUCUUGUACUAAAUUUUUAGUACAUCACGGAUUUCAGAUUAUUGUAUGUCCUGAUGGAGUUUAUUUAAAUAAUAUUACCAAUUUUUGAGGAAAAUGGGGAACUAAGGGUUUGAGAGUGUUAUAUAAAUGAAGAACUAGGCUUGAAAGGUUUGACUGGACUGGGUUAACAAUUGUCAAAUAGGCCAAAUGUCGCAAAUUUAUUUGUUCGUAUUGUAAGAAUCAUUCAGUCUAUUGUUUUCUUGUCUUUGCUCUCCUGAAGAUUGGGUGUUUUAGGUGUUACUGACGCUAGCUGUUGAAGUUUUUACACUAUAUAUCUCGAAUUUGUGAAAAAAAAGUUUUGUUUUGGAGGUCGGAAUCGAUUCUAAGACAACGAUGGUCGCUUGGGAGAUAGAAUCAAAAAUACAAAAUCUUAUUGUCAUUCUCAAAUCUGGAUUUUGACAAAAAAAAAUAGAAGAAAAAAUACUUCUAAAAAAGGUAGAAGUCGAAAUAAAUAUAUCACAAAACAAUUUUUGAGUUGUACUAAAUUUAGUACGUCGGAUUCAGAUUAUCCCAAAAUCUCUAGUAAAUCAAGAUUUUAGAUUAGAUUUAAAGGGAUAACACCUCUUGCUGCUGCCGUAUUCCACAAGGUUUUCCGUUAUAUCAACUCAAAUUAACCCAAUGUGCUAAGUUUAGUACAAUUUAGUAGUCGAUUUUUCAAGUAGCUCAACUAUUAUCGUUUUAUAUAUAUUCCACAAAUUAGUGAUCUACUAAAGAAUUCGCAUUAUCAAUCUUUUUUCAAUAUGUUAAAUUCAAUACAGUAGGCUAACAAGCUGUACUAAUUUUACUAAAAUGAGCGAAUUUUUAAAACAUUUUUUUGACCAAAAAAAACUUUCUUAUUUUACGUCUAACGAGGAAUUUAAACAUUAGAUUCUUAGAAGAGAAUCGUAGCCCAGAAAGCUGAGAAAAUUUUCUACAGGUACAAACGAUCAAACCCUUGCAAUUUUGUAUAAGACUAAAUUAGUAACAAAAUUUAGUACACGUUAAAUUUUCUUUUCAGAAAUUAUCCUGCGGACAUCAAGCUAAAAACGCUUGUUUCCUUAAUUUUGCUAAAUGUUAGCAGAAGUUUAAGCGAUAUUAGCAAUUGGUGUUGUACUAAAUUUAGUACAACUCCAAACAUUUUAUAGGAAUAACUUUUUAAAAUUUCAGAUUGAUUUCACUAUUGUUUUUAUUACUAGAAAUUUUAAAAAUUUGAUUCUUUCUAAUUAAAUUGUAAUGUACUAAAUUAUUUCAAUCGGUCCUAACAUCAUUAAAUAUUCUGGAAAUUUUGGCACACCCUGUCUUGAAUCUCGGCUGAAAAUAAUUUAAGAACGGAAUAAAAAAAUUCAAAAAAAAAUUGAAAAUUAGAAAA